GUUUGCUGGAACGGAGGAACACCCCAGCUCCUCCUCCUCGCCUCUUCUGGAAAGUAUUCAAAUCUGUGUCUCCAGCGUGAUUAGUUCACUGAUCAGCACAAGAGAUCUGUGCGGGGAGAGACAGCAAGGGGAGAUCUGGCCCUGGCAGGGGUCGCUGGUUUAUUCUUCAUCAGCCCCCUUCACCCCUCCAUGCGGCCCCCUGACCCACUGCUUACUGGGCUGGUGUGAAGUUCUGGCGGGAACAGAGCGCUCUCCCCAGACCCCUGGCGCCACGCGGAGGAGGACGGAGACGCUCGCUGUGCUGUGCUGUGCAGUGCCCAGUGGCUGGAGGGGUGGCUCCGUGGAGGGAAACGGAGCCCCCUUGGGCCCCUGCUGCCCCAUCUUGGGGGGCUGGGAAGUGCUUGCCUCCGGGCUCCAUCCGCUGUGCUCUCUGGAGGUCGGCACACUGGGUGGGGAUUGGGAAAGGGCUGUCAUCACACAGAGGAGGCGUGGCCCCCGUGGCCCCUACUUGGGAAAGGGGGAAGCAACUCCCAGACUGGUGGCAUUUAGGCCGCCCCUUUCUCCCGGGCAACCUCCUCGAGACAUGAUGGCCAACAAGGUGGCCCCAUCCUCUGCCUGCAGACCGUGGCCUCCCGCCCCCAAGGCCCUCCUGCCAGAGUCCCACUCCCUCCCAGGAGGCCCAUCUUCCUGUGUGCUUCUCCUGGGAAGGAGACCCCUCCUCCCUGCCGCCUGGCCUGUCAGGCUCAGGCAGGCCUCCCUCCUGGGGCCCUCAGAAGCCACCACCAGCCCCACGUUGCCACUUCCUUCCUGUGCAGGUCAGCUAGCCCAGGGCUGGGCCCCCACUGCUGCUGCUGCUGCUGCGGCUUCUCCUCGCUGAGCCUCACUUGCUGGAAAUGCAGCCCCACGUGACGCAGCCGCGGUUUCCUGUGCCUUUCCUGGCCUCUGGGGCCAGCAAGCAGACGUCAGCGGCCCACCUUCAGUCUCGGGCACCGCUCAGCUGCAUCGGCGGAUUGGGUGGCUCCGUGGCAGAACCAUGUUGCGCCGCAAGCCGUCCAACGCUGGCGAGAAGGAUCCAGCCCAAAAGAAGAAGCUCUCUCUGCAGCGCUCCAGCAGCUUCAAGGACUUCGCCAAGUCCAAGCCCAGCUCCCCACUCCCGACGGAAAAGGAAUUCCACCUGGAGGAAGAGGGCGCCACCACCGAAGCAGGCCCCGAGGACGCGGCGCGCCACAGCGGCGGCUCCAAGCUGAGCAAGAAGUGGAGGGCCGCCAUCUCCCGCACCAUGAACCGGAAGACUGGCAAGGCGGCCGCCCGGGCGCUGCUGGCGGCAGCGGAGCAGGGGGAGGCGGACGAAGAGGCAGCCGCAUCGCCCGUCACCAGCCCCCUCGGCAGUGACGCCGCCGGCCCACUCUUCCCCGAGGCCACCGAGGAGAGCACGCACUCGCCCAGCAGCCCCCCAGAGGGAUCGGCGUCCCAUCCCAGACUGACGGAAAGCGGCAGCCCCGGGAAGGGCGAGGCGGCCGGCCCGGAACCCUACGCGGGGCCCUUCUGCGGGAGAGCCCGCGUGCACACAGACUUCGUCCCCAGCCCCUACGACAAGGACUCGCUCAGGCUGCAGAAAGGGGAUGUCAUCCACAUCAUCGCCAAGCCCCCUGUGGGCACCUGGACGGGCCUUCUGAACAAGCGAGUGGGCUCCUUCAAGUUCAUCUACGUCCACGUCAUCCCCGAGGAGCCCGCGCCGGCCCUCAGGAGCUGCUCACGCAGCAAGAGCAAGAGGCCCAAGCCCAAGACGCUGCACGAGCUGCUGGAGCGCAUCAAUCUCCAGGAGCACAUCAGCACACUGCUACUGAACGGCUACCAGACGCUGGAGGACUUCAAGGAGCUGCAGGAGACCCACCUGAACGAGCUCCACAUCACGGACCCGCAGCACCGGGCCAAGCUGCUCACCGCGGCAGACCUCCUGCUGGACUACGACACAAGCAGUGAAGCUGAAGAGGAAGGGAGCAGCCUGGAGGCUCACCUGAGCCCUGAGGAGCCCAAGGGGGACGUCCCGCGGGAUUCGGGGUGCUUUGAAGGGGCAGAGACGCUGGACGACUCCAAGCUCAAGGAAGGGCCGCCCUCUCUCACUGUGGCGGGCUCCUUUUAGAAGCGCCUUCCUAGCUGCAAGGCCCACGGCCCUUCCCCCAGGGAGCCCAAGGAUACUGGCUGGGCCACACCGUGGGGCAGGCGGGGAGUGCGCUAGCCUGGAGGCUUCCGCCUGGCGGCUGGGGUCCGGCCCCGCUCACUCCUCCACCCGCCUCCUGGCUCUCAAGAGCCCUUCCUCUGGACAAUGAGGGGGAGAACCUGCAGCGGCCCGCUCUGGAGAGGACCGACCCGGGGCCCCUCCUCCUCCUCCCCUCUGCCAGGACACCGAGGAGGAGCGCCCCGCCAACUGUGGGGGGAGCAGGGGCCGAGCCAACACACACACAGCCCCCCGUGGCACUUCCCUGCCUGGGAGUGCAGGGGCCCCGGGGCCAGGGCUCCCAAUAAAGGUCUCUCCUCUGA